CCCACGGGGAGGAAGCCCCCCAGGGAGGCACCGGCCGGGCCUGGAAAAGAGGGAGCGGCGUGUCCGGCCGCCUCAAGGGGCGGCCCCAGAAGGGCCUCAGUUUCCCCGGGACGCGGAGGCGGGUUUCGAGGCCGGCGCCCGCCCUCGGGCCGCUCCCCUCGGCCUGCGGAACGUUGGGCAGCCGGAACCUUUAUUCCCGCGCGCGAGAGGGACCCGUUAGGGUGGGACACCGCCCCCUUCCCCCUCCCCUCCCCCCCCGCGGCCUCCUCAGGCGGGAAAGACGCGCCGGUUGCCGUGGCGACGGCGGGAAGAUGGCGGCCGAGGCCGCCUCAGGCUCCGGCGACGGCCGCGGGCUGAGCACCGAGGCCAACUCGAAAUGGCUGGAGGCCCACUACGACCCCAUGGCCAACAUCCACACCUUCUCGGCCUGCCUAGCACUGUCUGAUCUCCACGGGGAUGGAGAGUUCAAGCUGGUGGUGGGGGACCUGGGGCCCGGGGCCCGCCAGCCCCGCCUCAGGGUGCUCAAGGGCCCGACGGUGGUGACGGAGAGCCCGCUGCCCGAUCUCCCGGCCGCGGCCGUCGCCUUCCGCAUGGACCCCCACGAGGCCCGGCCCCCGGCCCUGGCCCUGGCCUCGGGCCCCUGCGUCUACGUCUACAAGAACCUGCGGCCCUACUUCAAGUUCAGCCUGCCCCCGCUGCCCUGCAAUCCCGUGGAGCGGGACCUCUGGAACCAGGCCAAGGAGGACCGGAUUGACCCACUGACCCUGAAAGAAAUGCUGGAGGGAAUCCGGGAGAAGGCCGAGGUGCCUCUGUCCGUGAAGUCACUCAGGUUCUUGCAGUUGGAGCAGGGGGAGAUGGAGAAUUUCGUGGCUCAGCACAAGGCGAAGCCCAUCAAACGGCAGGCGGUGAUCACCUCCAUGACCGCCCUGAAGAAGAACCUCGCUGACGAGGAGGCCGCUUCCUGCCUGGUGCUGGGAACGGAGAACAAGGAGCUCCUCGUCCUCGAUCCCGAGGCCUUCACGAUCCUGGCCAAGAUGAACCUGCCCAGCGUCCCGGUGUUCCUGGAUGGGAUGGGGCAGUUCGACGUGGAAUUCCGCCUCACUGCCGCCUGCCGGGACGGCAACGUCUACAUCUUCAGACGGGACUCCACGCGCCCCAAGUACUGCAUCGAGCUGAGCGCCCAGCCGGUGGGGCUCGUCCGCAUCCACAGAACCCUGGUGGCGGGGAGCACCCGGGAGGCCCUUCACGCCUUCACGCAGAAGGGGAAGAAGCUGUGGACGGUCCCCGUGCCGGCCCCCAUCCUGACCGUGAGCCUCCUGGAGCAGCGGUCCAGGGGCCUGCAGGCCGUCAUGGCCGGGCUCGCCAACGGGGAGGUGCGGCUCUACCGGGACAAGAUCCUCCUCGACGUCAUCGGCACCCCGGACGCGGCGACCGGCCUGUGCUUCGGCCGCUUCGGGAGGGAGGACGACACCCUGGUCGUGACCACCCGAGGCGGGGGUCUGCUCAUCAAGAUCCUGAAGAGGACGGCGGUGUUUGGGGAGGGGGGAGGGGAGUCCGGCCCUCCCCCGGCCCAGGCCCUGCGCCUCAACGUCCCCCGCAAGACCCGGCUGUACGUGGACCAGACUCUGCGGGAGCGGGAGGCCGGCACAGCCAUGCACCGAGUCUUCCAGGCCGACCUGUACCUGCUCCGGCUCCGGGCCGCCCGAGCCUACGUGCGGGCCCUGGAGUCCAGCCUCAGCCCCGUGGCCGCCGCCCAGGGGGAGCCGCUCAAGCUGCACGCCGUGGUUCAGGGCCUGGGCCCCACCUUCAAGCUGACGCUGCACCUCCAGAACACGUCGGCGGUGGCCCGCCCGGCCGUGGGGCUGCUGGUCUGCUUUCUGUACGACGAGGCCCUCUACGCCCUGCCCCGGGCCUUCUUCAAGGUGCCCCUGCUGGUUCCUGGGCUGAGUUAUCCCCUGGAGACCACCGUGGAGUGUCUCAGCGACAAGGGCGUCUCAGACAUCAUCAAGGUCCUGGUGCUGCGAGAGGGCCGGAGCGCCCCCCUGCUGAGCGCCCACCUCAACAUGCCCGUCAGCGAGGGGCUGGCGGCCGCCUGAGCCGGCCGGGGCCGCCGGCCGGACGCGGGAGCCUAGUCGGAGGCAGAGAGCGGAGCCCGGCGCUCCCGUUGGAGGGCCGGCUGACCUGCGACCCUCUCCUCCGGCCAGCCUCCCCCUCCCCUGCCUGCUGUCUUGGAGGUCGGAGAGCGGGGGCUCCCCGCCGGGGCGGGCUCGAGGGAGUUGGGGUCCACCGCCGGCGGGGAACGUGAAGACUUGCCAAGUCCGGCUCCGAGCCCCCGCCCCAAUAAUGGUAGAGGGCCAGGCCCCCUCCCGCCUGUUUCUUCCCUGAGGAGACAGCGUCUGCCCCUCCCCCUCCCCACCGUGGACCGCCCCGGACCCGGAGCAGAGAAGCUGCGGCCGGGGGAGCUGUUCCGGGACACCGGCGAUUCGAACUGGGCCUCUUCGACCCCGGCGGGGCACUGCUGCGGCCCUCUGGCUGCCCGCGCUGAGUUCUGGGCCUUCAAAACCGCCGCCCUCCCUCCGCGCCCCCGGAGAGCCAGCUCCUCGGCCCAGCUCUGCCCCCCACCUCCCGGGCACAUCUGGCCGGGGGGCUUGGCCGCCCCGCACGUCGGUCUCCUCGUCUGAAAAAUGGGGGUGAGAUGGACCUGUGGGCCCCGCCUGCCCCGGGGACCCUGUCUGACCGGUAAUGGAUCCGCUGCCCGACGUGUAGUAAGCGCUUAAUAAAAGCGGUACUUUAAUACUGUAA